CCUUCUUACAUUGUCCAUCUUAUACUAAACCCUCUCCCCUUCCUCAGCUCCUCCUCAUUUCAUGCUCCAUGCUUCCUCUUCUCACCAUUCUCCUUCUCCUCCUCUACCAUGGCCUUGAAGAGGAUUUCCCAUCUACUCUUUGUUCUUCUCUGGCUUUCUAUCCUCUUGUUAUUUCUUCAUGAAUACUACAAUGUCAAGCCCAGAAGCAUAAGCUACUACUCAUCAUCAUCAGUCUCUCGCCAACCUCCCAUCAGCAGAAAGGUUCUCUCCAGCAAAUUUGACUUCACCCCAUUCCAGAAACAGCGCCACCGCCACCGCCACCACCACAGCCACCGCCACGGCCGCUCACCGAACAUGCAGGUGCAACCGGAGCCAGCUGGAACCGAGAUCGACCCGCGUUACGGCGUCGAGAAGCGGCUCGUCCCGACUGGCCCCAACCCAUUGCACCAUUGAAGAAGAAGGAUAUACAUGAUGGGAGGUGGAAGAAAAUUUGAAAAUGGUUAGUGAGAGAGGUUUCAUAUUUACUUGUAUGAUUACAUUUCUUUUUCUUCUUCUGUCCAAGAAACCUUUAUUCAUAUCAUAUGGAUCAUAUAUGUGGUAUGAUCUUGUGAGUGUGAGCUUGUAAAUGAAUAUUGUUUCCAUAACAAAGAAAAAUUAAGGAGGGGAAUAUAUCGGAUUUCAGGCUUUAAUUAAUUAA